AUUCCAUAAAAAUAAAAAUUUUCCCUUCAUUUCAUCCAUCCAUCGCAAAUGAAGUUUUCAUAAGAAAAAAAUUAUAAAAUAUAAAGAUUUUUUCACCGACAAGUAUUUAAUUUCCUAUAUUUAUCAAAAACUAUGUCGUCUGGUCAAGAAAAUCAACCAAAAAUCAAAUACGCCGAAGGAGGUAAAAUCGAUCGUGCUCAACUAGAAUUUAUGAAAAUAAUCGAAGAACAAAAUCUACAACGCGUUACUAAACUUAAAAGAGUUCGUCGUAAUAAUUUAAUCACAGCCGGAGUUUUGGGAGUUUCUGUCAUUGGAAUCUACGCUUAUUCCAUCCUGAGUGUCCAACAAGAAAGAUUCUUGGAUGAUUUUGAAGAACCAAAAAAAGUUGGAAAUUAAAAAGAAAAAUUUGUAAAAAAAAGUUAGGUUAGGUUAGGUUUAAGUUUCAGUCGUAGAAAAUUCUUAUAUAAAAACCCUUUUAAAAAUGCCCUACGGAUCUGCAGCUGUCGCAGCUCGUGGUCUUCGUUUACCACCUUUACCAACAAUUCGAGAUCUUGUGAAAUUAUACAAGCUCCAAGCCAUUAAGCAAAUGUCACAGAAUUUUCUAAUGGAUGAACGAUUGACUGACAAAAUUGUGAAAUCCGCAGGAAGAAUAACAAACAACGAUGUUGUCUUGGAAGUCGGUCCAGGACCGGGAGGAAUCACAAGAUCUAUUUUAAGACGAAAUCCGUCAAAAAUAAUCCUCGUCGAAAAAGAUCGAAGGUUCCUUCCGACUUUGGAACUUCUUCAGGAAUGUGCCAAGCCUUUGGGUGUCCAAAUGGACAUCCAUCAAGCUGACAUUCUAAGAUUUCCAAUGGAAGAACAUGUCCCUGAUAUUUCCCAAAAACUCCACCUAAUUGGCAACCUUCCAUUUGCUAUAUCGACUCGCCUAUUAAUCAAUUGGUUUAAAGACUUGUCACUUCGACAAGGAGCUUUUCGUCGUAACGACACCACAAUGACGUUGACUUUUCAAAAAGAAGUCGCUGAAAGGAUUUGUGCUCCUCUCGGAAGCGAUCAACGUUGUCGUUUGUCGAUAAUGUCGCAAAUUUGGACAGAACCCAAACUCAAAUUUAUUAUACCCGGGAAAGCAUUUGUCCCAAAACCGGAUGUCGAUGUUGGAGUUGUAACAUUGAUUCCUUUGAAACAGCCAAAGACAGAUAUUCCUUUUGAUGUGGUUGAACGUGUUAAUCGGCAUAUAUUUUCAAUGAGACAGAAGUAUUGCAGACGUGGGUAUAGUAGGCUGUUUCCUGAAGAACAACGAGAUGAGACGACCUAUGAAAUGUUUGAGGAAGCUGAAGUUGAAUCGACAUUGAGACCAUUUCAAUUGUCUGUGGAGGAGUGUCUUCGGUUGACGGAAGUUUAUUGGCAGUUUAUUCAGAAGAAUCCUGAGGUGGCAAAGUAUGAUCAUCGUGGACCGAAGGCUAUUAAGCAGGAAGAAGAAGUUUUUGUUGAUUAUUAAAUAAGGAUUUUAUGGCUAAAUAAAGUUUGUAUUACUGAAAAUGCUUUAA